ACCGGCCCGGCGAAGGGAGCCGCUGCCGCCGCUCCAGCCUCAACCGCCGAGAUGCUAACCCUCCGCAUUCGCUUCCGCAGCACUUCCAGGUGUGCUUCGACGGUGCAGAUGGGCAGGAGUCUGCCUGGCACAACUGCAUGGUCCUCACACCGUCAUUCACGCCAGUGAGCUGGAGGAGCUGAUGCGCUUUUACCAGGAUUGGAGCAACUUCAAGGAGCUGAUCUCCCAGUGGAGGCAGCCCUGGACCUGGAACAGGCCCACAUGGGCAUGUUCCCAGAGCUGGCCAUCCUCUACUUCAGGGUAAAGCUGCAGAAGAUGCUGGAGCACCUGGAGUUCUUCUGGUCCCGUGUCAAUAUCCCAAAGGUGCUGAGAGCCACAGGACAAGCCCAUCUCUGGGAGGAACUGGUGUUCUUCUAUGACAGGUAUGAGGACUAUGACAAUGCCAUCCUCAUGGUGAUCAGUCACCCCAGAUGCCUGGAGAGAUGGGCAGUUCAAGGACACCAUUGCUAAGCAACUCUGACAACAUCGCGCUGGCCCAGCGGCUAGAGAAGCACCAACUGAUCCAGUUCAGGCGCAUCGCCGUGUAUCUAUACAAGGGCAAGAACCAAUGGACCAGAGCUCUGCUAAAGACCGCUUCUUCAGGGAUGCCAUGCAGCACACUCCGGAGUUCAGGGAUGGCAAGCCAGCGGAGAGGUGGCUGUCGUGGCAAGUGGGAGUGCUUUGCGGCCUCACUCUUCAUUCACCUGCCAGGACCGGCUUCCCCUAAUGUGAUGCUGGAGCUGGCCUGGAGGCCCAGCCUGGUGGACCUGGCCAUGCCCUGCUUCACCCGGGUGAUGAGGGAGUACCUUAGCAAAAUAUUGAUGGGCAUGAAUGAGACCCAGCCAGUUGAGCAAAGCCAGCAGCUGGCUUGGACAACAGGCCCUGCUGCUGGACCAGCCCCUGCGGGCUUUCCCUGUGGAGGGCAGACGCUCUGCCUUUGUCCGGCCUCCUGUGUACUACUACUUCAGCAUGUAACAAGCCCUCAGUGGCAACACUCCCUCUGCAGAGUUAUUAACCUCUCCGAGGAGCACAGAGGACCCGGAUGAAAGGCGGAGACACCUGGGUGUUAUUUUUUUUCUUUUGCUGAGGCCCAGUGAUGGCAGCCACUAGGCCAUUCCAGAACGCCUGACUCCCUAAGAAGACCAACUCCAGACACCAGGCAGGGAGAUCAGUUCAAGCCUCCAGAUCCUCCGGCAGCUGGACAUCCUGGGGAGUUCUUGAUUGCAUUGACUCCCUGCGCUUGGGGGAGGGGUGCCUUCUCUCUACUCAGCACUGCUGGAGCUGCCCCCUCCUGGUUUUGAGCCUGCUGCCUAUCAUGAAUAUUAAAGUCGGUUUAUCAAGGCAAA